AGAGAAGGGCGAGGAAAGGAAGGGUGAAUGGUGAACCCGCGGCUGUUGUUGGGCGGCUGGAAGAGAAAGAGGAAGGAAGAGGGGGUGCGAGAGGGUCGGAUGAACGGAGAGGGUGCGUGGUUGCCCGUGCGGAUCGGGGCAUGGCGACGGUACUGAAGAGAGCGUCUAUAAGAUGAGUAUAUGCGCUCAUUUCACUCUAUCUUCAAGUUACACUCUCACUCCGCACCUCCAUCACCUCCCUCUCACAUACCCCCCAACCUCCAUUCCCUCCGAUCACACCAGCCCACCAAUGCACUUCUCACUCGCUCUCUUCCUCCUUCCCCACCUCGCCGUCGCCUCACCCAUCUCACACCCCGACGCCCGCCAGGCCUCCUCAGCAUGCAGCUGGCAAUGUUCUCUCUCAUCCGACACCGCACCAGUAUCGCAGCUAGCCGCCUGCACAUCCACCUCCGCUUCCUGUAUCUGCGCACCCCUCGCUGCCCUCUCCCCAACCUGCCUCACCUGCCACCUCACCGCCCUCUCUCUGACAUACGACAACUACCUGACGACCUGUGUCUACCCCUCAGACAGCCUCGCCUCCGUCGCCUCUACCGCCACCGCCAAGAUCACAGGGACAGGGAACGUCGUCCUCGGCGCGAACGUGACGAGCGGCUCCUCCGAGCCGACAAGUCUGGCAAAAAGCGGCGCGCAGAGCGUACGGCCUGCUGUGGCACUGGGUGCACUGGUCUUGGUGGGAGGUGCGAUCGCGCUUCUGGCAUGAGGAAAUGGACUGCGGAGACAAUGGACUGUAUGCUAGACUCUCUCUUUCACCUGGUAUCUUGCGGACAAACAAACCAAGGACUGUGCAUCUUUAUCUCUUACUCAUCUGUUCACUCCCUCGCAUUCUUCCUCUCACUCUCACGCAACCUCAUCUCGGACUUUGCUACACUCACUCCCUCCCUCUCCCUCGUAGUCAUACUCUCCCGAUCUCUGCAUACUGUACAUACACCCCCAUCAUAUUUUAGGUACAUU